AUGAAGUUCGCCGCUCCCUUUCUCACCGCCGUCACGUCGGCGUUCUUCGUGGGGGGUGGCUCUGCGUUCUCCCCCCGCGUUGUUCAUGAGUCCCGUCGCUCACUCCCCCAUGGUCUCGCUGCUGUCCGCCGUGCCAACCCCGACGUUGUGCUUCCUUUCCGCGUCGGUCUCGCACAGUCCAACCUGGAGACUCUGGACGCCUACCUCAUGGAUGUGUCCCAUCCUGAGUCUCCGAACUACGGGAAACACUGGAACGCAGGUAAGAUUGCCCAGACUUUCAGGCCCUCGAAGGAGUCUGUCGAUACCGUUCGUGCCUGGCUCGUCGACGGCGGAAUUGAUGCGCAAAGGGUGAAGCUGAGCGGAAGCGGGGGAUGGCUCGUUGCGAACGUGACCAUCGCAGAAGCGGAAAGCCUCCUGGGCACCGAAUACUACGUGUAUCAGUACGAGGACGACGUGAAGGAGCACAUCGGGUGCCACGAGAAGUACCACCUUCCGGAACAUGUCUCCAAGCACGUCGAGAUCGUUACCCCGACUCUGCACUUCGAUAAAACAAUGCGAUCCAAACGAACGACAAAGAAGAGAACUGAUUCCGUGAAGAACAUGGGCAAGCCGGGUGCUUCGGCGAUCUUCCCCAAAACCACAGGGAUUGUCAAGACUAUUUGGACUGAGCUUGCGGACUGUGACUUGCAAAUUGUUCCCGAUUGUCUCCGGGCUUUGUAUCAAUAUGUGUACGAACCUAUAGCACCUGAGAAAAAUUCGUACGGUAUCGCUGAGUACACGCCUCAAGCAUUGGUAUACAGCGAUCUCGACCUGUUCUUCACGAAUUAUUCUGCAGGCCAAGUGGGUGAGCGUCCGAUUGUACAAGGCAUCGAUGGAGGAUACAUUCAAACGACGUAUGCGGGCUUUGAUUACAACGGCGAGUCGAACCUUGACUUCCAGUAUUCCAUGUCGCUCGUAGGAAAGAACCAGCAGUUGACUUUGUACCAGGUUGGAGACGAUGUUGAGGGUGGUUCAUACAAUAAUCUCCUCGACGCCCUCGACGGCAGUUAUUGCACCUACGAGGGAGGUGACGACCCAGAUUUUGAUGGUAUCUAUCCUGACCCGUACGGCGGAGGAUACGAAGGUCAGGAGGAUUGCGGCACUAUCAAACCUGCCUAUGUUAUCUCCACCUCUUACGGUGGACCGGAAGCGGACUACACCACCGCCUACAUGGAAAGACAGUGCUAUGAGUACGGCAAGCUCGGCCUCAUGGGCGUGACUAUCCUCUAUGCAUCGGGUGAUGACGGUGUGGCAACCUUCAACGAUGUUUGUCUCGAGUCGGAUGGCAGCCAAGCUGUGGGCGGGCCCAUCUUCAACCCCGACUUCCCUGCGACAUGCCCAUACGUUACCGCCGUCGGUGCCACACAGGUCGUUUCUGGUAAAUCGGUGUGGGAGUCGGAGAGCGCCUGCGAAGAUGUAAUCUACUCCGGCGGAGGCUUCUCCAACGUCUUCGCCAUCCCAGACUGGCAGAAAUCCGCCGUGGACCACUACCUCACAGAGUACCCUCCCCCGUACCCCACGAACAUUUGGAACGCCACGGGCUCGCGAGCAUACCCUGAUCUUGCAGCUAACGGCGCCAACUACGUCAUCGCAGUUCAGGGCGAGUUUUUCCUCGUGUACGGCACCUCUGCCGCGUCGCCCGUUGUUGGCUCCAUCCUCACAAGCGUGAACGACGCUCGCCUUGCGGUCGGCAAGAGCUCUAUUGGGUUCAUCAACCCCGUCAUCUACACCCCGUCGUUCAUGGCGGCGUUCCACGACAUCACAAACGGGACGAACCCCGGCUGCGGCACCGUAGGCUUCUACUCGCAGCCCGGCUGGGACCCCGUCGCCGGUGUCGGCACGCCGAAUUUUGCUGCAUUGCUUGGAGAGUGGCUCGCGCUGCCGUGA